AUGAUCUGCGAGGCAUCGCAGACGACGAACGAUCAGGAGAGAGCACCGUCUUCAGCCGGGAUUAAGAAAGGUAACAAACGCACCUUCCAAGACUCGGAGACUGCUUCUACCUCCACGGCGUCUGGAUCACGUGAAUCCGCGCCUUCUCACCACUCUGAAAUUUCGAUCGGCUCGAACGCUGGGUCCAACAGCGUUUCCGGCAAAGCAAAUAAAACGCGCAAAAUUGAAGAAAAGGCAAACACAUACACGGCUUCAGAUCUCCCUCCUUACGCCGUUCACGUCCACGCGCUAGGCAACAGCAGAAAUAGCAUGCAGCAUCCGGUGAAAAUCUUCGCUCAAGUAGGACAAUCACUUCCCACUCACGUGACUCUCUUCUGGGCCAGGCACGAAGUUCAUCCGUAUAUCCCUAAAGCUCGGGUAUGUUACUCGUGCUAUAGAGCUGGCCACGUCAGUGCUGCCUGUCGCAGUCAGCCACGCUGCAUCUAUUGUGGUAAUGCCCCACAUGGCAAUGACGUCAUCUGCCCGCUUAAGGAAGAUACACCAUGCUGCAUAAAUUGUUCGGGUGAGCAUCUCCCAGUGAAUCCUAAAUGCCCCCUACUAGAGAACCAAAGGAAAAUUCUCACUCUUUCAGCAGCCCAAAAUAUACCUCUCGCAGAGGCAAAAAAAAGGUUGAAUACUCCUCCUUCCCCUACACUCGGCCCUGGUUUCUCUUCUCAGUCCCCCACAACAGGGUCUAGCUCUGCUUUCGCUGUUCCUACUCACAAUAGGUUUGAGGCUCUAAACGGAAUUAAUAAUGGUGAUUAUCAUUCCCCAGGUUCGCAGGCUUCUUACGCACAAAUAGCGGCAGGCUUAUCCUCAAGGCAGCAUAGGUCGCAACCAAACCAUAAUGUCAGAAAAUCGGCUGCUUCUCCUAUUAACGAGGCACAAUCCCACAGGAGUGCCGCGGAGGGCAGGGAUCCUCCUCCUCCUCUUCAUAAUUUCGAUAGAAGUCCGCCUUCUUCUUCUUCGGGAAACGGAGUCCGUUUCCAGCCAAAUUUCACCAGCACUCCUAACACCAACUCAAACUCAAACUCGCAUAGGGGAAGCUCCUCCCCUCCCUCCUACAAUCAGAACUUGAAUAGAGAAUCAAGUGGUUUUGAGGCUCUUCUAGAUCUUCUCAACUCUUGUGGCGGAUUAGCCUUUUACUACGACUACAGAACCUCCAUCUACCGCAAAGACGUUGAUUUCUGUAUGCCCUUCGGACAAAAAGAAUCUUCACCAAGCGAAGUCACAGCGAGGUUUCAGGAAUAUUUCGCUGAGCUUCCCAUAGAAGUUACUGCCUUUUAUACAGACGGCUCCAAAUCCGACAAGUCUUCAAUGCUUGGAUCAAGUGUUUAUUCGCCUAGUCUUGGAUUCACUCUGUGUGAAAAACUUCCCUCUGCUUCCUCAACUUUCACAGCUGAGGCCUGGGCUAUCCUGCAAGCCGUCAACGCAUGCUUUGACUUUAACAUUGAAAAUGCAGUAAUCUUCUCAGACUCGAAGAGCGUACUAGAAACGUUAGCUUCUCUAAGUUGCAAUCAUAGCAAUCAUGUUAUCCAUCAAAUUAAGCAUAAACUCUCCUUGGCUGAAUCGCGCAAGAUGAGCAUCAUUCUCUGUUGGAUUCCCGCUCAUAAGGGCAUCGGAGGCAAUGAAAAGGCUGACCGUUUAGCUAAACACGCCGCCGCAAACAGCAGGCGCCCUUUCUUUAAAGUUCCCUAUCCGGAUCUCCAGGUAGAGGCCAAGGAACAUCGCUUUGCAUCCUUCAGAGAAUAUCUGGAAUCAACUGCCUUAGUCAAAGGCACUCAAUACUCUGAAAUAUAUAAGGAUUACUCUGAUAAAACCUGGUUCCACAACAAAGGCUUAAAGAGAGAGGAAAUUUACUAUGACAAACAUGGUACUCAUAUGUAUAAUACAAGUAUAGCGAACAAUUAA